AAGCAAGAGGAUUUGAUAAAGAAGAAGCCAUGGGUUAUGGUAACUCAAGAUCUGUGAGAUUUCAAGAAGAUCAAGAAGUUGUUCAUGGAGGAGAAUCUGGAGUUAAGCUCAAGUUCAAAAUCAAUGGAACUCAAAUAAAGAAUGUGAAGAUGAUGAGUAAAGGAAAGUUCUUGAAAGCUAAAGUACUCUCAAGAGUGUUCUCUGAGGAUCUUGAAAGAAUUCUUAUACGUUUUAGAACAGCUUAUAUCGCACCUCCUUCUCGUGUAUUCGGUAGAGGUGAGCUUGUUAUUGAUUCAAGAAAGAUUGCUUGGAGAUAUCUUCAUAAAAGCUUUUGGAUUCAUCUUGUUGCUGCUUUACCAUUACCUCAGGUUUUGAUUUGGAUUAUAAUUCCAAAUCUAAGAGGCUCACCAAUGACAAACACCAAGAAUGUUCUUAGAUUCAUCAUCAUUUUCCAGUAUGUUCCAAGGAUGUUCUUAAUUUUCCCGCUAUCUCGCCAGAUCAUUAAAGCCACCGGUGUUGUUACAGAGACCGCGUGGGCAGGAGCCGCCUACAACCUUAUGUUAUAUAUGCUAGCAAGCCAUGUUUUAGGAGCUUGUUGGUAUUUGCUUGCAGUAGAGAGGCAAGAGGCUUGUUGGAGACAUGCUUGCAACAUCGAGAAAGUGGUUUGUCAAUACCGAUUCUUCGAGUGCAGAAGACUGGAAGAUCCGCAAAGGAACUCUUGGUUUAAAUGGAGCAAUAUAACAACAAUAUGCAAACCGGGAAGCAAGUUUUACGAGUUCGGUAUAUUCGGAGAUGCAGUAGCAUCAACUGUUACUUCAUCAAAGUUUAUAAACAAGUACUUUUACUGUCUCUGGUGGGGCUUGAAGAACCUCAGCUCUUUGGGACAAAACCUCGCUACGAGCACUUACGCUGGAGAAAUCCUUUUCGCCAUCAUCAUUGCGACUCUCGGGCUUGUUCUGUUUGCAUUGCUUAUUGGGAAUAUGCAGACAUAUUUACAGUCAACAACAAUGAGACUUGAAGAGUGGAGGAUAAGAAGGACAGAUACAGAACAAUGGAUGCAUCAUAGGCAGCUUCCACCAGAGCUAAGGCAAGCCGUAAGAAAAUAUGAUCAAUACAAGUGGCUAGCGACACGAGGAGUCGAUGAAGAAGCUUUAUUGAUAAGUCUUCCUCUUGAUCUCCGAAGAGAUAUCAAACGCCAUCUCUGUUUCGAUCUUGUUCGCCGUGUACCAUUGUUUGAUCAAAUGGACGAAAGAAUGCUUGACGCGAUCUGCGAGAGACUAAAACCGGCAUUAUGCACGGAAGGAACAUUUCUUGUAAGAGAAGGCGACCCGGUUAACGAAAUGCUUUUCAUCAUUAGAGGCCAUUUAGAUUCCUACACAACCAAUGGAGGCAGAACAGGAUUCUUCAACUCUUGUCUCAUAGGACCAGGCGAUUUCUGCGGCGAAGAGUUACUUACAUGGGCACUAGAUCCUCGUCCCGUUGUGAUCUUACCGUCUUCCACACGCACAGUUAAAGCCAUUUGCGAAGUUGAGGCCUUUGCAUUGAAAGCUGAAGAUUUACAAUUUGUGGCUUCACAGUUUAGAAGACUACACACUAAGCAAUUGAGACAUAAGUUUCGGUUUUAUUCGCAUCAAUGGAGGACUUGGGCGGCUUGUUUUGUACAAGCUGCUUGGAGACGGCACAGGAAGAGGAAGUACAAGACUGAGCUAAGGGCAAAAGAAGAGUUUCACUAUAGGUUCGAGGCUGCGACGGCUAGGCUAGCCGUGAACGGCGGGAAGUAUACGCGUAGUGGUUCGGAUUCUGGUAUGAUGUCUUCGAUUCAAAAACCAGUAGAACCAGAUUUUUCUAGUGAAUGAAUUUGAGUGUUUUAGUACCUUUUUUUACUUAUACUCUCCCCUUUAUAUUAUAGGAUCAUAAAAACCAUUAAAAACAAAAUAAUGAAAUGUAAUUAUGAUA